AUCCGGGAUAUUGGAUGUCAACCGUAUGAUUGGCGCGAGGCUUCUCGUCGACGUGUUUGUAUAUGAAACGUAGAGGUUUGCAGUCUGGUUCACAGCAGACUAUUAGCAAAUACUUUUGCAAAUCUCCGAAAUCAUCAAAAUCUGCAAUUAGCCAGUCUCCCGUUUCUUCUCCUUUUCAAUCAAAAGACGAAAAGAACGUCGGUGACACUGCAGAAAAGGACAAGAGAGCUGGAAGUGUUCCAUCAAUGACAACAACUACUGUAGAAACUAAGAAGUUUUGUGAGAAUGCAAAAGUUGCUGUUGUUGAUACAGAAAAGACUCCAAGGACGGAAGACACAUCUAUUAGCAUGACGAGUCAUGUUGCUAUAGAUAAAACAUCUUGCCAAGGAAUAAGGAUCACUCAUGGUGCUCAUGCUGUUAAAGCUGGUGAACAUUCAGUGUCAGACAGUAGACAGAAAGAUAAGAACGUAGAGGAACGUGCAUAUUAUAUAAUGGAUGAGGACAAACUCGUUAUCGCCAAGGAUGGGGACAAUGAUGAUGAUGAUGAUGAUGAUGAUGAUGAUGAUGAUGAUUUGCCUGUGUUUACUGCCGCACCGGUGCUAAAGAGUCCUUCUGCAGACGUUUCCAUUCGUACUGAAGAGAUUACACAAAUGGAUUGUGAGAAAAUGCAAGGCGACUGGAAGAAUGCUGUAAAGACAUCAUCAAAGUCAACGCGUAAAUCUUCAAAAUACAGUAAUCGUGUGACAUCUAAGAAAUAUGGUUUGGACACUUUAGUGCAAAGGAAAUGCUCAGAAACAGAGCUGUCAGAAAUCUUGCACAAACUGAAGAAUGAUUUGAAGACUAGCGGAGGACUGGGUGCUACGAUUAGAGAGAAUGCAGCUAGAGAUGAUGGAGUCGACGACAACAAAGGACAUGACUCACAAGAAGGCGAGCUUCUGCCUGAGCACAAGGAGCAAAUGAAAAUGUUGCUUCAUAAAAGUUCAGAUAUACCUCAGGGUAUACCCGGUGAACGGAUAUUUGGGGAUGGACCUGUAAAGGACCAAAUCACUUUGAUGCCUGACAGCAGUCAUCCACCUGGUGACACUAUGGAGAAAAGACUCCAUGAAGCAUGUGCUGCCGGACUGAAUGAACUUGUUUGUGGCAGCUGGCUGCAAUAUUACUAUCUUGCUAAACCGUGUCCUGAUUAUGUUGCUACAUGGUUGUUCUGCUAUAUGUGUAACCAGAACAGCCAACAUGUCGUGACCAAAGCAUUUCAAACAUUGUGGUCAUGGAUGGAGUUAGGAAAGAAGAGUGUUCGAGCUGGCUCAAGGUGGACACCAAAUCUUGCCACAGUGUGUCGUAUUCUUAGUGGAUAUGGUGCAGAGUAUCGUAUGUUGCUUCCUUCUAUUGAGAAUGAGCCGGCACUAUUUUCACGUUUUCGAUUGGACUGUGUGUCGUAUCUUAACUGUGAGGCCACAACAUGCACAGCAGAGAGUGAGACAAAAGAUGCCUCUUCAAAUCGAGAUGUGCCUGUCUUUGCAUUUUUGCAGAUGAUACAAACGCUUACUCACUGUUUUCAGCUAAGGCCGGAUGCUUUAUCUCAACAUGAAGUACUUGGAUUGAUUGUUGUUGUGUGUCGUUGUUCUUUGGAUCUUCGUUGCGCAGGGGUGGUAUCAGAUAUAGCAGAAUUAGUGAGCGUGUUGAUGGAUUGCUUUACAGAUGACUGGCUGUUGAGAACUAGAGAAUUAUGUCAUAUGCUAUCACAGGCAAGCAAGCAAUACAGGAAUUUGUUGCAUAUUGCAAACAUGCUAAUAAGAAGAGGCAGAACAAGAGUUUUACAGCAGUUGCUAAGUUACAAGCUUCUUUGUGAGCUGCAUAUAGCAUCAGCCAGUUUGCCAAAGCACAAAGACUUUGUUCCAUUUGAAAAAACUCACGAGAAGAUAAAGAUAACAUGGCUGCUUCCUCUUGUCAGUGCGUGGGUGCCAAAAGCAUUUACCGACUACCACUUGUUGUAUACAUGGAUAAAUUUAUUGGAUUUAUGUGUACAUGUUGGAGCUGAGAAUCCUGGAAAGAGUGAAAGGGAGGACUUGGAACGUCUUGAACAUCUGUUGCUGAAGCUGCAGUCACUUGUUAGGGACGACCAAGGAAGACACAUGGACAGGGUGAAGACGAAAGAUCUUAUUUUUCUUGUACUUGGUAAAUUUUCAGUUUUGACUGGACGUUCUACAUCAGCUCAGAGAAAGGUUGAUGAGUUGUUCAAGUCGUCCAGAGAAUAUUCACCAGAAUUGGUAGUAUGAAAUUUUUGAUUUAUCGUAACGACAGCUAGGUGGAAGUCGUCCCAACUGCGGUGUGACGAAGAUACGGAACAGUAGACUGG